UUCGAGUUCAACUUUCGUUCAAUUAAGACGUUUUGGUCUAGUGAAGGAAUAAAUUGAUUAAAAAAUAUUAAAGCAUUCUUAUAUAAAUGUGUGUUUAAAAAAUAUAAGAAAGUGAUUUAAAGAAGAUUAAAAAAAAUUAGCGAAGAUACACAAUUGAUAAAACAAAAUAGGAGAUAACAUUGAGAUUAAUGUUCUUCUAUAUUUAAAUAAGAAAAGUGAAUAUCAUAAUAUAUAUGGUUCUGUAAAAUAUAAAAUAUUUAAAUUACAGUUAAAAUAAAAUAAAUCGUGAAUAUUUACAACAUUUUCUGGUCAAAAUAGAAUUUUGAAUAGAAUAUUAGAAAAUACAAAACAUAGUGAAUAAAAAAAAUUACGGAAUAUUAUUGCAGUGAAAUAAUAAUUUCAAGAAUAUUUUCAAAAGAAAAUUUUAUGUGAAUAAUACUUUUAAAUAUUCAGUCAAAAAUCAAAAUAUUAAAGUGCAGUAAAAUAUAUCUCAUGUAUUGUUAAUUUAAAUAAGAAAAUUUAUUUCAAGAAAAGAAAUUAGAUAAAAUAAUUUAAUAAAAAAAUAAAAACCAAAAACGGAUUACUAUCAUUUAAAGGAUUAGCAGAAUUUUAUUGCCCUUUGUGGAUUACUUACAGCGUAUUUUGUUCACUUUUUAAAUAUCUCAAAAUUUAAAAAUUAAUAACAUGGUAGUAUUGGAAGGCGGUGGUGGUGUAGUCACCAUCGGCAAUAAUCAAUAUUUGCAACCAGAUUAUUUGUCACCUUUACAGACUACAUUGGACUCAAAAAAGAGCCCCCUAGCUUUAUUGGCCCAAACAUGUAGUCAAAUUGGUGCUGAUUCAACGGCAGUAAAACCAAUUUUAGCCUCCGACAAAAACAAGAAACCUAAUGACACAACAUCAAAGUCACCGUCAUUAAAAACACCAAAAUCAACAACACCAUCUUCAACAGAAGUACGUUUGGCUUAUAAACCAUAUGAAGCGAAUGUCUUAUCGCAUCAUCCUGCAACGAAUACACAAUCUUUAAAUACUCAUAAAAUAUUGACAAGUGAAGACUAUAUGCAACGUCCAAAUUCAAAAAGUAGUGUUGCAACACCACCCGCAACAACAGUUAGCAUUGAUUGUAAUAGUAAUAGCAGUAAUGAUACUGAUAGAAAGUCGAAAUCACCAAAUAGUACAUUAAAUAAUAACACAAUUAAUAGCAUGUUAAAUAACAGUAACAAUAGCAUAAAUAAUAGUAAUACCGGUGAUAACAUAAAAUCAAAUUCGACGCCAGACUUAAACUCGUCAAAUGCAAAUAGUAAUCAAAGUUCUGACAAUUCAAAUACAGCAUUGAAUGGUAAACAAACACCAAAUAACUCAAGAAAAGCAGUAUCACCAGCUGGAUCAUCACAACGAGGUGCUAGUCCAAUCAUUAGAUCAGGCAUGGAAGUAUUGCAUGGGCAUCCAAAAGAUAUGCAAUUGCCAAGUAGUUAUAAACCGGGUUCCGCAACUGGACCGUACGGCAUGAAUCCUUUAGCAGCAUUGUGUUGCCCACCCGGUAUGGAACAACAUGCAAGUAACCCAGCAUUUAGACCACCAUUUGCUGGCAGUUAUGCACAUCAGCAUGCUGCUAUGUUAGCUGCAGCUGCUGCUCAAGGUUAUCCCGGUGCGAGUGGUGCUGCUCAUAACAAUCCAUACAUUAGUUAUCAAAGAAUUAAAACACCAUCUGGUGGCGAAACAAUUGUACCAGUUUGUAAAGAUCCAUAUUGUCCAGGGUGUCCGUAUUCAGCCCAUACUCAACAAAUGUUAAUGGGAGCACCGUGCCCAAGUGGUUGCACACAAUGUGAACAUCAAAAAUAUGGUUUGGCAAUGGCUGCAACAUUAGGUUCUUUACCACCAGGUCAUCCAUAUGCGGCCGCUGCCGCAGCUGCUGCUGCAGCACAAGCUCAACAACAAGCUCAAAUGAGAUCUCCCUAUGUUUGUAACUGGAUAACUGGUGAUUCUUACUGUGGAAAACGUUAUAAUACAUCAGAUGAACUCUUUUCGCAUCUAAGAAAUGCACAUACAGGAAAUUUAUCUGAUCCAGCUGCUGCUGCUGCUGCCUUGGCUCAAUCACAAGCCCAGUCAUUACUAAGUUCAUUAUUUCCACCAAGAGGAUACCCCACAGCUCCACUAAGUCCACUAUCGGCAGCUAGAUAUCAUCCAUAUGGUAAACCAACUUCAAUUCCCCCACCAAUUCCAGGGUCAGCUUUUUCAACUGGGGGUUUUAAUCCGGCAGCAGCGGCUGCUCUUGGUCCCUAUUAUUCACCAUAUGCCAUGUACGGACAAAGAAUUGGUUCAGCGGCUGCUCAUCAGUAAAAGAAGAAAACCAUAACGUUUUUAUAAUUUUUUUUAUCGACGUUUUUUUAAUUAAUUUAUUUGUUGUAAUUAAUCGUAUACAAACAAAUUUUUUUAAAGCCAAAUAAUUAUAAUAUAAUUAAGUAAAAAUUACAUAGAAACAAAAGAAAAAGUUAAAUAUUCUUUUUUUUUUAAUCAUUUUUUAAUUUUGUUAUAUACCAGCAUUGAAUCAUUUGACAUUUGUUAAUAAUUUAAUAUUUCAAAAGCAAUUGUGACAGUUUCAGUGUCAACAUGUCAAAAUUUUUUAUGAGACUUAAAUAUGAGGUUUUUUUUUAAUUUUUAUUUUAAGUUUUCAGUUUUUUUUAAAGAUUUAUUUUUAACUUUGAUAAACAUAUUAAACUAUUUGUUUUUUGAAAAAACUGUGAUAAAAAUGAAUGAAUAUGCGUAUGUGUAGUGAUUAAAUUUAAAAUAAAAAUUCAAUAACGGUAUAAAAUCAAUAUUACAAAAAAAUAUCAGAUUGAAAAGUAAUUUAAAAAAGUCAUAAUUUUUAAAAGCUAAAAAAAAUAUUAAAAAAUUAGAAAGAAAAAAUAAAAUUAAUGUACAAUGUAAGUAAUGGAAUAUUAUCUUCAGAAUGAUCGCCAGACAAAAAAAUCUGGAAAGAAUGUUUAGAGAUUUUAACGAAUUUGGUUAAAUUUCUCUUCUAAGAUAGAGAAAAUCAUAGAGCGAUUACCAAAUGCAAGUGUUGAAUUCAAAGGAUUAGUAAAGUGUUACCCAAUUCUUUAAACAAUGUUGAAGAUAAUAUUUUAUUAACUGUUCUAAAUAUUUUUGAUCAUUAUUAUUAUUGAUUGAAUUAAUUAUUUUUGUUCUUUAUUAUUAAAAAUGUAUAAAUAUCUUUAAUUUUUGUUUAAAAACAAUGUCAAAUAUUUUAGUCGAAUGUCACCACCUCAUUGAAUUACUGUAUUGAAUAGGUACAUAUAUGUACAUACACAAAAUAAUUAUUGAAAACAAUUCUUUAAAUUGCAUACAAAAAUUAUUUAUUAAUAAUAAUUAUUUUCUUUAAUUUAAAUAUCAUCUUUCAAUUACAAUACAAAAAAAAAAAAAAACAAAAAAAUAAAACAAAUAUAAAGUACACAACUUAUUUAAAAAAAAAAAAACAAAAAAAAUUAAAUUUAUAAAAAAAUUGUAGACUUUUUCUUUUAAUUUUAUUUUAAAUUAAUCGAAACCAAUUAUUACUGAUAAAUUUAAAUAAUUCAAUAUUAAAAAUAAU